AUUAUUGAUACACCGUCAAAACAAAGUUGAAUCGGUCGGUGUGUCGUCGGCAAAAUAACCUUUCAACCUUUUCGUAGAUUUUACAUCAAAUCUAAGCAUUCACAGUGACAAUGUCUGAUGCAUUACCUCUCAAGAAAUCCACAAUAACCUUGUCAAGGGGCGACACAGGUCUUGGUUUUAACAUCAGAGGCGGAAUAGAUAACCCCCACAUUCCUGGUGAUUCUGGAAUCUUCGUUACAAAGGUCAGGGAAAAUGGAGCAGCCUUUAGAGAUGGAAGAUUAAAGGAAGGGGAUAAAAUAUUGCAGAUAAAUGGAACAAGCCUAGUAGAUGUGUCCCACUCACAAGCUGUCCAGUGUUUCACGUCAGCAAAAGAUUCAGUCACAUUAGAGGUUUUACAUGGAGCUCAAGAUUACAUAAUGAAACAGAGAGGUGAACAAACAGAAAAGCCUGACGAUAACACGUCAUCAUAUGAGAAAUAUGUGAUAGGAGCUUGUGUAUUAGGUGCUGCCAUUGUACUUGGUGUUGUUGCAUAUCGUCGUUUUUCACCACAAAGGUUUACAUCUUAUCGGUAAAAGACAAAAAGCUUAUAGCAAUAUAUCAUAAAGUCUACUCAAUUAGGUUUGAUUCAACUGAAUAUGUGGGAUUUCAAAUAGUUUUUAACAAAAUGUUAAUGAAUUCGUGAAUAAGAAAAUGCAAUGUUGAUUCUGUAGCAUGGAUUUAUGACUUUUAAGAGGGAAAUGUAAAUCAGAAUGAAAUAUGUUAUGAAUAUAUUAUGAUAUACAUAGAUUUCUUUUCAAUAGAAAUCAAGUGUGUAAAAGUAACAAUUCAAGCAGCAUGGUGCUGUGGAAAAUGGAGAUAUUUGAUAAAAAGGUUGUUAAACACUGAACUGAAACAGAAAUAGAGCUUGUUUAUCAUUUUUGGCAUAGUGUGAAAUAUAUAUUUCUAACAAAGAAAUGGAAUCUUUCUUAAAACUGUGACCUAAACAUAGUUAUAUGGGCGCUAACAUUUUAUUUGCAGUCAGAGGAAACGGUGAUGUCAUAUUCACCGCUUACAUCAUACUAUAAGACAUGGCUUUUUUGUACUAUCUUCAUUAAACAAUGAUAUCAAUGCCAUUCCUUUUGUGCUUAUCUGAAAUAAUUGUGCUAUUUUUCUUGUUCUCUAAGCGAUCAUUAAUAUAUUAUACUAGAAGUACAGUUACUGUUGAAUAAACUGUGAAUGACAUGUUAACGAAUGCCUAUUCUUCGUAUGCACAUUGGUCAUUGUCCCCCCCCCCCCCCCCAAUUGACAACACAUCAAUUUCACAGGAUUCUCCUUAAUUUGUAAUCAACACUUUUUGCAUGCAAAUUAGUUGCAUGCCUUUCCUCACCCUAUGCCAUCAAUAUAAUACACAAAGAUUUGUAAGCAUAGGAUUUGCCAUAUCUUUUGUUGCCUUUCAUCAACAUCAUAUUUUAUAAUUGGUAGUUCUUUUAUAUUAUUUUAUGAAAUUCAUUAAAACAACCUGAUUUACAAACUUAGUUUAAACAUAUGUAUUGUGUUCAAUGAAAUACACAAAUUAAUGAACAGUGAACGAAACAAACAACAUGCGUCAAAAACAAGUAAUUAAAAUGCUUAUAUGAGUUCUAGCUACAUGUAUACCUGAAGCCAGUUAUAACUCUACCUGAAUAGCUACUUGUUGAUGAUUGUAAAAAUAGCUCGCUAAUACAGCUAGGGUCUAGAUUUGAUUUAUUUUUAACUGAAAAUUCAAGAAGCAUUAAGGAAUGAUGAAACUAAAGUCUAAUUUAAUUUUGAAUACUUAUCUUUAACAUUAUUUUGAACUAAAAGAGCAUCAAUAAACCAGACUGCCUCCUGGUGUUUUAUUCCUCGCUCCAUCUCUUCAUGUUCAAUACAGUCUGCUCUUGGUUGUAGGUUUUCAGUUUUGGUUCAAUAGUUAUGUAUGAUGUACUUUCCUAAUAUUGAACAAUAAAAUGUCACUAAUCUCAAUAUUUAGAAGAGUUACAACUGGCUUCAGGUUUACUUGUAGCUAGAACAUCUUAUGUUAUUAACACACAUACCCUACGAUUGUCUUUUCAAAUGAAUAUUUUUGAGUAGAAAAAAGUAUUACAUUAAUUUUGAAACUAAGAGCAUAGAUGGUCAGUUAAGGCAAGGUUUACUGGUUUUUGCAAGUAAAACUUUCAAUUUCAUUUGUUACAUUAAAAAAAAUGUGAAAACUGAAAUGCUUGAUUUAACAACAUUUUUUUUACGCUCAUGAUUGAUAAUAUGACCCUGUUUUAAGGGUGUUUUAGGUGUUUCAGAAUAUAUGUGUUUAAUCAGAUUAUUAAUGUUUCACAUAUAACACUUGUCUCCUUUAAUUCCUUAGCUUUAUUGAAAUGGUUCUCUCUCCUUAAUUCAAGAAAAUGAUUGUAAUAUUUGUACUAUGUGUCCUUGGAUAGUUUUCUUAAACCCAAGUGGUUUUGGUGCCAACAAAAGAAGUGAUUGGCAAGCAAUGGCAAUUUAAAGACCCUGUAAUGAUCAGGUUUCAUCAAGAAAAGGUUGCCAAAAAACUACCAUGAGUUUUAAGAUUGAUGUUGCCACUGUGUAAAUUUGUACAGUAUGAGUUAAGUUUAUCAGCCUUUGUUAAAGAUAUUUCAUGAGGUAAGAUUUAAAGUAAUGAAACCAUGGCAUAUGUGCAAUGCUAAUAUUAUACUAGGUUUGUCAUUCAUAUACUAUACCUUUAAUGUGUAUUGGUAACUAACUUUUCAUAAGAAAUCUGAAGAAGAAUAUACUUGUGUAAUUAUGGCUCUCUAAGAAGUACCUUGAUAUUAAAGAAUAUGAAAUGGAAAUAGAUACAAUGUAUGCGUUUUAAUAAAUGUUGGCAUAGCC